UUCUCUUUGAAGACUUCAAAGCAAAAAUUGCAGAUUUUAACCUCUCAAACCAGUCUCCUGACAUGGCUGCUCGUCUUCAUUCUACUCGAGUUUUGGGGACCUUUGGUUAUCAUGCACCAGAAUAUGCAAUGACUGGACAAUUGACACAGAAGAGUGACGUGUACAGUUUUGGAGUCGUCCUUCUCGAGCUUCAACUGGGAGGAAACCUGUUGACCACACGAUGCCUCGCGGACAGCAGGUCUCGUUACAUGGGCUACUCCAAGAUGAGUGAAGUCAAAGUUACACAAUGCGUAGAUCCAAAACUGAAGGGAGACUAUCCUCCUAAAGGAGUUGCCAAGCUGGCAGCCGUGGCAGCAUUGUGUAUACAGUACGAAUCUGAGUUCCGUCCAAACAUGAGCAUCGUCGUUAAGGCUCUCCAACCUCUGGCAAAGGGACAAGCACCGGCAUCAGAUACAUAAAUCUGGUUCUUCGCCAUUGAUUGAAAUUCUGCAACAUACGCUCUGCUCGUUUCAUUCUAACUACAACAAAUCCCAUCGGAUCGCAAAAUAUCUAACGUUACAUAUUUAUUUCUUUCUGGGUUUUUCUUUCUAUACAACAUCGAUGUAUAGAACUGUUUUAACGUCACUGAUAUACGAU